ACUUGACGCAACAUCCGUGUACCCUCGUCAGAUUUGGAGUUCUUUCCUGUACCCUUCUUCAAAGUAUUCUCAUCGGAUGGGUACCCAAAUGCGAGAAAAUACUACUGACUGAAGGCCAACGCAAUUCCGAACAUCAAAAUAAAGAGAGAGAGGUGGAAGAUGAGAGGGUAUCCAGGCUAUGCUUAAAAACUGAAAAAAAUAAAUGAAGUGAUUGUGACUGAAGGGCAAAAUUCCCAUAGUGUGGUGAUGUGUGCCAGUGGGGAAGUUGUGCCAGCCCGUUUCUAGGCAACCAUAGAAGAAAUUGGUCAUGUGACCACACAUUUUUGAAGACUCAGUCAUUUCACUCAUCCUGAAAAGAAGAGAGCCUCAUUGCAUGAGAGACCAAAAAUAGAAAUACACCAUCAUGCCACGGAUUUACAAGAGGAAGACAGACAGGACUUCCACUCCUCUACAGGACAUGGACAGAGCAGUGAAAGAGGUGGAGAGGGGCAAGUCCAUUCGUCAGGUGGCAACGCAGAUGAGCAUAUGCAGGAUGACAUUAAAACGAUACAUGGAGAAGAAAAAGAUAGAUGGAGAAGAAAUAAGACCAGGAUAUAAAAGAACUGGACUUGCCAAUCAAGUCUUUGAUGAACACACGGAGAAAGAGCUGGCAGAACAUAUAAAGGCACUAGCAGCAAUGUUUCAUGGUCUAAGUCCCAUGAAAUGCCGUGAACUUGCUUUUGAGUAUGCACAAAGAAAUGACAUUAAUAGGCCUAUCCCUGUCAGCUGGAUCAGAGAGAAAAAAGCAGGCCGUGAUUGGUUUGCAGCCUUUAAAACACGCCAUCAUUUGUCAUGCCGGACUCCUGAGGCAACCUCUCUUGGUGGAGCUUCUGCCUUUAAUAGGCACAAUGUGGGGGAGUUCUUUGAUAACCUAUCUACAGUAAUGGACAGGUAUAAAUUCUCUCCACACAAGAUCUACAGCAUGGACGAAACUGGUGUGACAACGGUGCAGACCCCCAAGCAGAUCGUCACAGAGAAAGGGAAGAAACAAGUGGGUUCUGUGACAUCAACCGAAAGGGGAGAGCUCGUCACUGUGGCCUGUGCCGUGAAUGCCACAGGAAAUGCAAUCCCACCCAUGUUUGUUUUCCCGCGGGUUUGUUUCAAGGAACAGUUCUUGAAUGGGUCACCAGCAGGCUCCGUAGGUCAUUCUACGAGGUCUGGAUGGAUGAAUGAAGAAGCCUUCAUCAUCUUUAUGAAUCACUUCAUUCGCCAAACCAACUGCUCCACCAAUCACCCAGUUCUGCUUAUUCUGGACAACCAUGAAUCACACAUCUCACUGAAGGCAGUCACAACUGCUAAAGAAAAUGGUGUCGUUAUGCUCACCCUGCCACCCCACACCUCACACCGCUUGCAACCUUUAGAAAAAACAGUCUAUUACUCCAUAAAAACUUACUACAACAGGGCAGUGGAUGGAUGGAUGCGCACUAAUCCUGGUAGAACCGUAACAAUUUAUCAGAUCCCAGGACUUGUAAACCAGGCAUUCAUGUCAGCAAUGACACCCAGAAACAUUACAUCAGGUUUCAGAGUGACGGGCAUAUUCCCAUUUAACAGGGAUAUCUUCCCAGAUGAAGAUUAUGCCCCAUCAAUGCUAACAGACAGGUCAAACCCAGAGAAGCCCUCCACUAGUACUCCUGCUGACCUGCCUGGACUAUCACACGAGGAGCCAACCACAGGUCUCGAAGCAGGUCCAGACCCAGGGGAGUCACCCACUUCUCCAGAACCAAAUUCUGAGCAAUCCUCAAUUGAUAAAACUGGUUCUUCUGUCCAUUUGGGUUAUAUAUCUCCAGAACCUAUUCUUCCCUUGCCAAAAGCCUCAACAAGAAGGCCCAGAAUGAAAAAGAACAUAAAAUCAAAAAUCGUGACGGAAGAAGAAAAAGAUGAUGAAAUGGCUGAAAGGGAAAAGAAGAAUGAAAGACAGGUGAAGAGGGCUCUAAAACAAUCAAAUCAAACUAAAUUCAAGAAAAUGAAGAAAACUGUUGUGUACCGUCGCUCAGAAGAAAGCACCAUGGCCAUUCCACUUAAUGACAACACUGACGAUGAUGAAACCGAGGAUGACAUGCAGAACACACACAGCAGAGAAAAUGAAAGGGGUGAAAAUAAAAAGAGAAGGACUCUGAAAGGGUCUAAACCAACCAAACCUAAAACGAAAGCGGCCGUCUUCAGUAGCUCAGAAGAUAGUGACAUUUCAAUCCCACUUCACGACACCACUGACUAUGAAAGUUCAGAUGUGCAGAAUGAUGAUAAUGAUGAUGAUAUUGACAAGGAUCUGUCUGCUGGGGACUUUGCCAUUGUGAACUUUGCAGGCAAAACCAAAUCCGACAACUACAUCGAAUUGGUUGAGAAGGCUGAUGGUGUCGACAUCAGUGCCAAGUUUCUAAGGCAAAGUAAUAAGAGGUCUGUGGAUGGAAAGAACCUCUCCACUUUCAAAGAAAGUGAUGAAGGAGUCAUCCCUAGAGAAGAUGGUCCCACAGACGUCACUGGGGAAGAUUUUCAUCCUGAAAAGCAAGCGCCCUUCCACAUUAAACAGGAGCCGGAGAUGCCUGACAUCAAACAGGCUGAGCCAGAGACCUUUCGCAUUAAAGAAGAAGAACAGGAAGAUGAAAUCACCAAUUUUCCAAUGAAUGUCAGUGUGAAGAGCGAAGAAGAUGACAUAGAGAACGGAGCAGCGAAACCUUCGAGCGACAGCUCUUUUCAUUACCUGACAACGAAAGGAGAAGGACAAUCGCAACCGGACGGGCUCUUAGCUCCGCUCUCGGACAGCGACGACAUAACGUCACACUCUUCAGACUUUAACACUGAUGAGGAAGAUGAUGACUUUGGCCGAAAUGCUUCGAAAUCCUUAAACAAGUCAUCAUUGACCAGAGACGCAAAAGAAUGUGCGGGUGGGAAACCUUUUGCUUGCUCAGUUUGCGAUAAAAGAUACAGUAAGAAGGGAUAUUUAGACAUACACACAAAAACACACACUAAGGGAAAUUCUUUCGCCUGCUCCUUUUGUGAGAAAAUAUUUUGUUGGAAGUAUUUGUUGACAAGACACACGCGUAUGCACACUGGAGAAAGGCCUUUUGCCUGCUCACUUUGUGGUCAAAGAUUCACUCAAAAGGGACAUUUAGUAUUGCACACAAAAAAAACACUGGAGUGAAGCCUUUCGCCUGCACAAUUUGCGAUAAAAGAUUUUCUCAGGAGCAUUGUUUAGAAAUGCAUAAUCUUACACACACUGGAGAAAAUCCUUUUGCCUGCUCACUCUGUGGUAAAAGAUUCGCUCAGAAAACAAAUUUUGUAACGCACAUGAGCAGACACACUGGAGAGAAGCCUUUCGCCUGCUCAAUUUGUGAGGAAAGAUUUUUUUUGAAGUUGACAAGGCACACGCGUACACACACUGGGGAAAAGCCCUUUGUCUGCACAUAUUGUGGUAAAAGAUUUGCUCUGAAGUUAACUUUAAACACACACGUAAGAACACACACUGGAGAAAAGCCUUUCGCCUGCUCAUUUUGUGAGAAAACAUUUUGUCAUAAGCAUCAGUUGACAACACACACACGUACACUGGAGAAAAGCCCUUUGCACAUAUUGUGGUAAAAGAUUCGCUCUGACGUUAACUUAAAAAAAAAAAAAAUACACGCAAGAACACACACUGGAGAAAAGGCUUUUGUAAAAGAUUUGAAAAGGUAAGCUCAGAAGGGACAUUUAGUAAUCGCACGCAAGCCACACUGGGGAAAACCUUUGAAUUGUCGUGUGUGUGACAAAAUUAAUCCCACCACGCAUUUACUGUAGAAAAGCAUUUCAAUUUCCUUUUUCAGUUUCUCAUGACCCUCUUUUGAAAAAAAAAUGUUGAAAUUACUUUGUACGUCCUGUUUUUUACCACUGUCCAAAAUUCUUGAUUUAUUUAUUUUCUAUUUUUUAAAUAAAGUGU